AUGAGUUACGACUACGAACCUCCACGCACUCGUCGCUACGUGCGCGAGGAGCGGCGUGAGGAGAGGAUCGAUCCCCGUUACGCGGACGACGGCUACCUGAAGGUCUAUCAGUCUCGCGAAAUUGUUCCCAAGGGCCGAGAAAACAGUGAUCUCUCCAUCGAAGAAGUCCGCCGCGAUUUUCCUCCCCCGGGCUACCGAGACUCCCGCAGAACCCGUUCUGCGGAGCCAGGCUACUACGACGACUACCGAGGCUACGACGACCGAGAUCGAUACUAUGACCGCGAUCAUGACCGCCGCAGCAGAAAGGCUGGCAGCCUUCUCUAUGCUGAGGAGGAGAGGUCUCGUAGACGUGUGCUUAACCAACAAGAAAAGAUUAUCGCUGCUGUCGCCGGCGCAGCUUUAGCUUUCGGUAGCAAGGAACUCUACGACAGAAAGGAAGCCAAGGAACAUGGCAGCGAAGUCGAGCGCAACUACUUGACUUCUGCAGCCUUGGGCGCUGCCGGAGCCCUCGCAGGCUACCAGGGCGCUGAGUACUACAGCAAGCGCAAGGAAAAGGAGGAGGACAAGUCCACCUACGUUGUCCAUCGCGGCCGCGACGGCAGGGUCACUGAGUACUACUCUGACGAGGAGGGAGAGAGGGAGAAGAAGAGCAACAAGUCCUUUUUGGAGAAUGCUUUGGCAGCCUCCGGCCUGGGAGUUGCGGUCAAGGCCCUCACAGGAGCUGGCGGUGAUGACCGACGUGGCGACACUCGCAGCCGACGAGGCAGCCCCGACUCGAGGGGCUCUCGGUCCAAAUCCCGUGGACCGGGCGGAGAAGCCGCCAACAAGAUGCAGAAGGCGGCUAUGGCUUCCCUUAUUGCCGGAGCCACCGAGGCCUUCCGUGUUGCCAAGGAACCUGGCGGUUGGAAGGGCGAGAAGACCAAGCGCAUCAUUACCGCAGCUGCCGGUGCUGCCACCAUUGAUGCCGCCCAAAGCGGUGAGAAGCAAAGUAAACUGGGUCUGGCUGAAUCAGUCAUCGGUGGUUUGUUGGGCAACCGUGUCAUCAACGGAUCCAAGCGCAACAUCGAAGAAGAUCGAAGGACCGGCCGAAGUCGAUCCCGAUCGCGCGCUCGUUCCGAUGGCGGAGGCGGCGGGCCGGGUUUGGCUGCUCUGGCUACUGCUGGACUGGGUGCUUUCGGCGCAAAGAAGGCAAUUGAGAACGUUCGGUCCCGCAGCCGAGGCCGCAGCGCCGACUCUUACGACAGCCGAGCCUCUAGCCGCAGCCGCGACGGUCGACGCCAGCGAAGCAGAAGCCGCAGCGUCGUCGACUCAGCCCGGAAGAAGCUCGCCAAGUUCGGCCUUGGCAGCGACCCCGAGGAGAAGGAGAGAGAUAAGUACGCACGAGACGACAGCUACUAUGACGACCGUAGCUCCCGCCGCGGCGUCAGCCGAAAGUAUUCUGACGAAUAUGACGAUGGUUAUGAUGGAGGGCAUGCCCGUAGUGGACGCGAUGCCUAUGACGACGACAGAUCUUCGUACACGAGUCGACGUCGGGACCGUUCCCGCCGUAGAGGAGGAAAGUCGGACGCGGGUUCCGACUCGGACCUGGGAGACUCGGACGAUGACGAGAAGCGUGCUAGGAAAAUGAGAGGUAAGCAAGUCAUUACAACGGGCCUCGCGGCCGUUGCCACCAUUCACGCGGCACAUGGAGUCUAUCAGAGUAUGGAAAAACGCAAUGCACGGCAGAAGGCUGUGAGAGAAGGGCGGCUCAGUCCAGAAGAGGCGAAAAAGCUCAAGACGAAGGCGCUCAUGCAAGACGCUGCAUCUGUUGGAAUCGCUGCUCUCGGUAUCAAAGGGGCAUGGUCAGAACUCAAGGAGGCCAAAGAGAUGACCCACGAAUGCAAGCAGUUCCAGCAAGAGAAGGCAAUACGACAUCAGAAACGGCUCGAGAGGCAGAGGCGGCUCAACAGCGGCUACGACAGCAGGAGGAGCAGGGCUGGUGACUGGCACUCUUCGGCGUCUCCGCGAGAGGACCGGUACGAUUAUGGAUCUACAUACUACGACGACAACCCGUACUCUGCCGGACGCUUGCCUGCACCUGUCGACUACGAUGACAGGAGGUACAGAGACUGA